CCUUUAAAGGCGUACUUAAAGCCCUAGCCUCGGCUGCAGAAGGACCAGAGAAACCUAUGCACCAAAACAAAGCUCCCGCAGGGCCGAGGGACGCUCGCACGGUACGCCGCUUACACGACACCGAGGAGCCGCGACAGUUUUGAAACGAGCCGGAGAGGUGCGACUUUAGGACCAGUGUUACCUUGUGACCUGAGCCAGAAGACAACGUCUCAACGACAUUUAUGAAGCUUUCAAGGCCUUUUGAUUGAUCAGCCAAUCGAUGGGGAUUUUCAGAGGAGCUCCGCCCACCUACACUGCCUGCCCUCCACCCCCUCCCCCCUGCAGCCUCUUCCUCACGCCCGCCCACUCCAUCACCCAUCCCUCCAUCCAGCCCUCCAUACAUAAAUUCAAUAUGACUCUGGAACGUACUGAGUGGUCAUCUAUAUGGAUUUUUACUGCUUGCAACAGACAGUAAAAAGGGGGAGAAACCUCAAUGACAAAUAAGCCAUAAACACACACGCACACACACACACAUACACAUACACACACAAACACACACACACACACACAUACAUACAUACACGCACACACACAUACACAUACAUACACACAAACGUCAUACCAAAUAAAACUGACAUUAUUUUAUUUUCAGACAGAAUCGCACAUUCAUCAUCAACACUCGAAACACACGGGCGUACGUGGGAAUGUACCGCACACUCUUCCUGUGAGGAAAAAUUCAACAGCUUCCUUCAUUUUGGGAUUUUUAAGAAGGCACUGCAGAGCUUUUUCUCGCCUGGGGGAAAAAAAAAAAACAAAGACGACGACAACGACGACAACGAAAGGAGGAUUAAAACGUGUGUUGAAUUUGAAAACUAAUGUACUCUUGGAGAACAACUUGUUUGCGGAUUUUUUUUUGACUCAUACAGAUCAAGGAAUACUGAUCUAUGCUAGAUAAAAGAUACACUUUUCUUAAUUGUUUUAUGUGUCUCGACCUCUUAGCAGGAUCAAGCUCUACAUUUUUUUGUUACUUUGCAAGGAGACUCUCUGUUACAGAGGGGUGUGCUUGUUUUCCAUUGCGUGCAUGCCCUCCGCCAUGCCUCCCCAGAACACAGAGGCUGACGCUAUGCAGGUCGGAUCUCUGGUGGGUGGGGUUAACACCAAAAGCCCCAUGGGAACAGGCUCGGAGGAGGGGAAAGGAGGAGGGGGAGGAGGAGGAGGAGGAGGAGGGAAAGAGACGGAUGGAUCAGGAGGAGGAGGAGGAGGAGCAGGAGCGGGAGGAGGGGAGGAGUCUGUGAGCGAGGGAUCGAUUGAAGGCAUUCCUCUGAGGAGAUGGGUGAUGCACGGGGCCGUGAUGUUCGGACGAGAGUUCUGCUACGCGAUGGAAACCGCCCUGGUGACGCCGGUACUGCUGCAGAUAGGUCUCCCAGAGCAAUACUACAGCCUGACGUGGUUCCUCAGUCCCGUCCUGGGCCUCCUCUUCACUCCUCUGAUUGGCUCAGCCAGUGACCGCUGCACUCUGCGAUGGGGCCGCAGACGACCGUUCAUCCUGGCUCUCUGUAUAGGAACCUUGCUGGGAGUGGCACUGUUUCUGAACGGAUCACUGAUAGGUCUGUCGCUGGGUGACGAGCAGGGCAGACAGCCAAUAGGAAUCGUUCUCACCGUGCUGGGGGUGGUGGUGUUGGAUUUCUGCGCCGACGCCACAGAGGGACCAAUCAGAGCUUACCUGUUAGACGUGGCCGACACGGAGGAACAAGACAUGGCACUCAACAUCCACGCCGCCUCAGCAGGUCUAGGCGGUGCAGUUGGCUAUGCUUUAGGAGGUCUAGACUGGACACACACCUUUCUAGGAGUGGCCUUCAAGUCCCAGGAGCAGAUCCUGUUCUUCUUCGCUGCCAUCCUGUUCUCUGUCUCUGUGGUGCUGCACCUCCUCAGCAUAGAGGAGCAGCAGUACUCCCCCCAACAUGACAGGCUCGACCAGGAGAGUCCAGAGCCCAACCACCCCCACCAUUCCUCCAAUGGCAGGACUGGGCUUCAGGCCCCCCAGCUGGAAAUGAUCGGAGAGGAUGAAACGGUUGACAGCUACGACCUCUAUGACACCUAUGAUGACGACCAAUCAGAAUGUGAGGAUGAUGACAUGGACUUCCUGGAGGUGGAGCUUGUGAGGAGUAAAAGUGACAGUGUUCUGGCCAUGGCAGACGCCACCCUGGACCACAUAGACCAUGAUGCAUUGUUCCUGCGCCACAUAGAGCCGUCCAUCUUCGCUGACCGCCUCUCACCCUAUCACGGCUCGCCUCCCACGACCAUGUCCUUCUUCUCCAACCACCGCAGCUCUCCCCCACCGGCCAAUCACAGGCGCAGCAGCAGCGCAGGGAGCCAGGAUCUGCUUCGCCCCCAAAACAGCCACCAGUCAUCACAGACUCCUGGCACCAGGAUUUCCCGCCUCUCGGCUUUCUUGCAGGAGAUGGAGCACGAUGACGGACAGGAAGCAUUGCUAAACAACCAGCUGAAUGAGCAGCGGACUCCCAAUGGCCGUCUGUUAGCCAAUGUAGCCAACGCUAACAGGGUUAGCGGUGGUGUUAACGGGCUGAGUGCUAAAGGACAAGCCCAUCGUGCUGGAAUGAUCAAAGCUGCCAGCACAGGAGCGUCUGGGCGCCAGUCCCGUCGCCGACACACCUUCUACCGCCAGCCGUCCUGCACCUUCUCUUACUACGGCCGGGUGGGGAGCCACCGCUACCGCUACCGCCGGGCCAACGCCGCCCUGCUCAUCAAGCCGUCCCGCAGCAUGAACGACCUGUACGAAGUGGAGGCCAGGCACAGGAAGAGACACAGACAGAGGGACAGGCACCGCAGCGGGAACACCAACUCCUCCAGCGGAGACACAGAGAGCGAGGAGGGGGAGGUUGAGACGACGGUGCGGCUGCUGUGGCUGUCCAUGCUGAAGAUGCCUCCAGAGCUGCUGCGGCUGUGCGCCUGUCACCUGCUCACCUGGUUCUCCAUCAUAGCCGAGGCCGUCUUCUACACCGACUUCAUGGGACAAGUCAUCUACCAUGGAGAUCCCACUGCUCCUGCUAACUCUACAGAGUUAGAUAAUUACCACCGAGGAGUUCAGAUGGGAUGUUGGGGACUGGUUAUAUACGCCAUGACUGCUGCUGCAUGCUCAGCUCUCCUACAGAAGUAUCUGGAUAACUUUGACCUGAGCAUCAAGGUCAUCUAUAUCCUGGGAACGCUUGGAUUCUCCAUAGGAACUGCUGUCAUGGCGAUAUUCCCUAAUGUGUAUGUUGCCAUGGUGAUGAUCAGCAGCAUGGGCAUCAUCUCUAUGAGUAUCUCCUACUGUCCUUAUGCUCUGCUAGGGCAAUACCACGAAAUCAAACAGUACAUCCAGCACAGUCCUGGUAACUCCCGGAGAGGCUUUGGUAUCGAUUGUGCCAUCUUAUCCUGCCAGGUGUACAUCAGUCAGAUCCUCGUGGCCUCAGCUCUGGGUGCUGUGGUGGAAGCGGUGGGCAGCGUCCGUGUCAUCCCCAUUGUGGCCUCCGUGGGCUCCCUCCUGGGAUUCCUCACCGCCUGCUUCCUGGUCAUUUACCCCACUCCCAACAACGGGGACAGGGAGUCGGCCAAAGCGCCAGAGAAGCGGGCCCUGACAGCGCCUGACAACACCAGCGGCAGCUGCGUGCCUGUCACCGUGGUUAUAGAGAAACCCAGCUUCCUGAAACUCAACAAGAAGGGCGGGGCCACCACCACCACUUCCUGUCACGUGGAGAAUGAGUCUACUCUGUGAUUGGCCGUUGAGAUUCGACAGAUCGGAGGCUACAGGUCACCGGCAAAACAAAUGGCAUCACCUCCAGCAGCAUCGCCGACAGAAACCAGACCUAAGGAUGCACCCCGUCCUUUUCCUCUUCUUCCUGCUUACUCUCAAGCCUGAGGAAUGAAUGCGGGGAUUUUUUUUUUCCAUAAAAGUAGAGUCGGUGGUUGGCCUCCAUUCGAUCUAGUCCACCACCUGCUGAUCCGGUCUGGCUUUGACUGAUGUGCUGUGCUCCAGUGUGGGUCAGCUUUUUUUGGGGCAGCUUUUUUUGGGAGCAAAGCAAAGAUCAAUACAAGUAAACAACUCUUGGUCUGAUUUGUUACCGACGCGCCAAGAAGGAGUCUGGUCCCGCCGCUGUUCAUCGAAAGUGUCACCGAAAUUCCUUCCACACAGCUGACCUGAUGCGUUUGUCAGGGUUCUCCAGAACUGAAUAAUUUAUAGAUUGUGGUCUUAAGGAGGAUGUAUUUGUUGUGGAGAGAAACACCUGUCUCUCUCUCUCAGGGCCUCUAGGAGGUGCUACUGAGCAGCCGCCUGGACAGAAAACUUCAGGGGACUCGCGUGCACACACACACACACACACACACACACACACACACACACAUACACACAGACACUUAAAUGCGUGCACCACACCUUCCACAUCAUCAUCGGGGUCAACGUGAACGAAUGAUGAAUAAUGAACAUUUUAGUCCUCGAAGCUGCAAUCGUGUGAAAAUGCUGAAAAUCGUUCUUCCUCGCUGACGGACUGGGUCGAUUGAAUCUUUGGUCGUCGAUGAAGAGGCUGAUUGAUGAGAGUGUGUCUGCUGACUCGGCGUCUCCUGCCGCGGCGCUGCGCUCACCAAAUGAAAGCCAACGUGCUCUGCUCUGCAGACCUUUACGUGACUCUGACUGUAGCUUUAAGACUUUAGAGACCUUUUAAAGCAGAGUUUCUUCAGCUGAUCCAGGGGGCUUCCUUUGAAUCCCCGCAUGGUGAGUUUUAAUGAGCCUGGUUCCUGGGGAGAGCUUGACUCCCCAAAUAAGUUUGUGGGCCUGUUUCGUUUUGCCCUCACUCCACAUGACAAGAGCCCUAAAAUGUUUGAUUGAGCCUUUGUCCCAGGGCAGAGACCACAUUUACUCAGUUUGGGUCCCACAGUGACUCUAAGGUGCAGAGUACAGGUGUAAGGCGAUUUCCAGUAAAGACAAAGUACAGUAACAUGGACAUGUAGGUGUAUUUUUCUGACCUCUAUCAAGAGUGGAAUUCCAGUACCAGGACAGAUGCAAUACAUGCAGUAUACAGGGCAUUAUUACCCCAAAAGAUUAUUUACUGAUAUAUUGAGAAACCAGAGUAAUGUUUGAAAAUGGUGUUUCAAAAUCAUAAAUGAUGCUGAUAGUAAUGUUUGUUUGUAAUAAUCAGACUAACCUACAUGCUGCAUGUUAGAGGAGCCGAGAAGAGAGAGAAACCAAACAUCAGAGGAGAGGAGAUGUGAAGUCAGCCAUUUGUUCUCUCUCCCUCCUUUUUUUGUUUUUUUUGUUUGUUUUUUUUGUUUGGGUUUAAGAAAAUGCCAUUAGUGUGUCAGUCACUGCACAUUACCUGAGUUGUUGUUAAAGUGUUGAGUGGACCCAGGUCAGAGAAGCGUUGUUUGAAAUCCUUUGGGGGUGUUACAUUUGUUCUCCUUGGAGGAUCAGAAGGACGGGGCUUCCUAAAUAUUAAAUCCAGUUACUGUUACUGUCUGAAAGAGGACUUGAGGAUGGGUCAACAGAGUAUUAGAUGAUUAGAUCCCAGGGAUUUUGAUGGCGAAAAUCAAAGGCAGGGCCGUGUUUCCAAAGGCCAUGCAGUGUAACAAAAGCUGAAUAAAUCCUUCCGGUCCUGAGAGUUGGUAAGCUCUAAUAACAGGGUCAAUUUUGAUGCGUUAGUCUACAGUCGGCCUACACAGCAACAAACAAGAACAGGUUGAGCUCGCUGAGAAAAUUGCAGGAAACUAUGGAUCUGCACAAGAGGAACCAGAUGAGCGAGUCAGCCUUGUUGCUUUGCUGCUUGCACAGCAUCGAGCCGGCUGAAUCAUUCACAGAGACGGAUAUGAGAGGAUUUGAGGUGCUGCUCAGAUCUGUGUUAUGGCACAAUACGAGACAGCUGAAUGGAUGUCGGACAGAGUGCCUGCUUUAGGCAGAGGAGGGGACGGACAAGGAGGGAGAGGAAAGAGGGAUGAAGGGAUAGAGGGGCCUGCAGGCUUGCAGGAAAAGUUAGCAGAACCUGAACUAAAUCCUCUUAAACCUGCACUAUGUGAUUUCAGAAUCUAGUAACAAUCCUGAAACUAACGUGUGCUUUUUGGAGACUUUUUUGAAGCACAAUGUUAUAAACCAAUGCCUAUUUGUGCAGACGAAUAGGUGUGUUGCCAAAUUCCACACCAGAACCAGGCUUCUUCCACUCUUCCCUUCCCUGAAAAUUCACAAUGAAUCCAUGAAGUGAAUGCGUGCAGCAACAGAGGCAAGUGCCGGCUCUAAUCUGAUAAGGCCACGCUCUCACUCAGAAAGAGAAUCUAAGAAUGAAAAAAGAAAAGUCAUAGACGCCAUGCUUGAUUUAGCUUAGCUACAGUAUUAGCCUGCAGGCGGCUGUAUAAGUUUACAUUCAAACGUGUUGCUGCUCUCAACACCAUGUAGGGGUCAGAUAAAACCACAUAGUGCACGUUUCAGCACAAGUUGGCUUCUGAACGCGUGGCAUAAUCCAGAGGACUCAGAGGAUGUAGGCAGAAGGUGAAAUAAUUGGACAGUCCCUGGUGUGACACAGGACACUAACAACCGACCACUUUGAAACUGCAGGUUUGCAUCUCGCCGGGCGAUUACAAUUUCAUUAGGAAAACUUCCAACUUUGCUGUUACAAUAACUGCAAAUUAACAACCAAGAAAAACGAAAAAUGAAGCGAGUUCGCCUGUAGCCAUGAUUCAAAAGCUCUCAAAGGCCUCUCUCAUAUUCAAAGGCCUCUCUCAUAUCUUUCCUCACUCUUUCCUCAGUGAUUAGUUACUGAACCCAGCAGCUUCUGAUUUGCUUCUGAUUGCAGCCUUUUGCUCCCCUCAAAGCAAUUAAAACAAAUGCCUACCAGGAGGGAUCCCAAGAGGCUUUUGUAAAAUACAGGGGUGUAACACCAGAUGAGAUUAAAGGACAGGCGGUGUGUAGGUGGCGGUGGUGGAGGGAGUGUGUCUGUGUGCAGAAUGUAGCAAAGGGGAUUAGACUGACAGGUGGAUAUAGACCACAUCACUGCUUACAGGUCAGUGUGUGUGACUGUAUCCACCAAAAGGGGUUCCGGUAAGUUGUAGAAAAAUCUCUUAUCCGUACUUUUGCUACUGAGUGUAAACCAAUUAAGAUUUAAUAGGCUUAAUAUUUGGAAUGUUUCUGUAGCAGAAUGAUGCCGAGCACGUCAAACCAACUUUGAACUUGAAAGGUCAAAACGAAAGCAUCGAGAGUUUAUGUGUUGUUUUUUCUGACAAAUCAGAUUAGCUGUUGCAAUAAUGGCCUGGGUUAAUCAGUUUUUGGGGGGAUUGUGGGAUUGUUUUUGGAGGUGGUCUGUAUUAUUUCUGCGAAUGUUUGCCUUUAUGGAGCAGGGUUGUUUUGUUUGUAAAAAAAAAAAAAAAACAAAAAACUCUUUGGCUGCAUUUGCCAGGGUGGAGGCUGCAGAUUUGGGUCAAUUCCCUGAAGCAUGCAAAUUGGAAGCAAUCAAAAUGUAAAUUGCAACGAGCAGAUGUACUAAUUACAGAGGAUUUUAUUCUAACCUAUUUGAAUUGAUUUGAUAGUAUGUUAAAAUGCGUUUAUUGGAUUUUUUUUUUUUUUUUUUAAUUUCACUUACUGAGUUGAAUGUUUUAUUCAUUAUGUUGGGGGUGGGUUCAGAGGUUAGGCGUUUUAGAAGAAUUUGAUUCCUUCCACUGUUUCAGGUUUAUUCCUUCAGCCCCAGAGCAGAACAGAGUAUGGUAUUUUUCACCCUGAGUUGAUGCUGCUCUGGCUGUGGCAUAAGGCCAAAAAAAAAAAAAAAAAAAAACAAAAGAAAAGAAAAGAAAAGGACAAGACGAUGACAAAAGACAAGGAAAGACAGGUGCCAUGCCUGCUCUGCUGAAGAACAAGGGGCUUUUACGACUCCUUAGGGCAAUAAAAUAAUGGAUGUUUCCGUACAGCUUCAGUUUUAAGUAAAAAAAAAAAAAAAAAAAAUCACAAAAUUUGGAGAAACGGGGUUUGCAUGCGACAACACCGAUAUGCAUGUGUGGAACACCAAAGUAUGACUGUGUACAAAUCAUUCUAGUCCUUUCUUUGCUGUCCUAUAGGUCAGGGAUAUAUUUUCUAAUGCAUGGCUGGACGUUGGUGUCUUUUGUUUGAACUUAAUGUAUAAAAUUCUACAUGUACUCUGUAACCUGAAGCAUUGUGCGGGGUCUGGGUUGGCACACUCAUAACAAGCCUUUUUGUAAAAAAAAAAAAUAUAUAUUAUUUUCUGAGUGUACUUUGAGACAACACGGUGUGUGUGUUACUUGCUGGAGAGUAACUCGAGAUGUGUGUGUUGCUGCAGAGGGCGCUCCUUGUUGGCAGUAUAGGGGAGAAACACCGGGCUGCGGAUACUUGAAAUGCAUCUUGAGUGUUUCUGGUCAAACGCGGUGGGAAAGUCUUUGAUUUUGGGGUUUCGCUCUUACUGUCACGAGCCUUUUUUGUUUUUUGUUUUUUUUUUCUCUUACCGUAGACUCCGGAAUGUUGAGGUAACGCGGCCUCUCGCAAGGCCUGCUGGGAGAUUGAGUUCCUUUAUUUCCUUGAUUCCAUCAGGUGACUUGAUUAAGUCAAUGAAUGUAAAAUGAUUUCAGCCGGAAUCAUUUUUGCUUUGUUGUUCGACAAGCCAGGGGUGUCUGACAUUGCACAGAACUUGCACAUACUGAGUUUAAAGACAAAAAUAAAAAUAAAUUAAAAAAAAAAAAAAAAAAGUAGAACUGUCCUGCAAAACGGAAGAAGA